AUGACUUUCGAAGACGCCGCCGAACGUGUGAAGCACCUGGCCGGCUCGCCGAGCAACGACGAGCUCCUCGAGACGUACGCCCUUUACAAGCAGGCAACGGUCGGCGACAACACCACCUCCAAGCCAGGAAUGCUCGACCCGAAGGGCAAGGCCAAGUGGACCGCUUGGGACGGCAAGAAGGGCACCAGCUCUGACGACGCGAAGAAGAAGUACAUCGCCCACGUCGACGCCCUGGUCGCCAAGUACGGCUCGAAA